AGUGCACGAUGGCGGCUCUGAGGAACCUACGGCAGCUUCUGAGAGCCGCACAGCCCGGCCUGAGGCCCGCCUCGGCCAGGCACAAGAGCCAAGCCACCUUUGGGCUACUGUUUGACAUCGAUGGUGUUCUUGUCCGGGGUCGCACGCCCAUCCCAGCAGCGAAGGAAGCCUUCCGGAAACUGGUCGACAACAACGGAGAGUUCCAGGUGCCCGUUGUGUUUGUGACAAAUGCUGGGAACUGCCUUCGACAAGCAAAAGCACAACAGCUUUCUGAGAUUCUGGAUGUGGAGGUCUCACAGGAUCAAGUGAUGCUGUCCCACAGCCCUUUGAGAAUGUUCCGAGAUUUCCAUAACAAGAAUGUUCUGGUGUCGGGACAAGGCCAUGUGGAGGAGAUUGCCAGGAAUCUGGGCUUUGAGCGAGUGAUCACCAUUGAGAUGCUUCGGGAGGCUUUCCCCUUGCUGGAUGUGGUGGAUCGCAACCGCAGACCGAAAGAACUGCCUCCACCCACCAAGACCUUCCCCCAUAUAGACGCUGUUAUCCUAUUUGGAGAGCCAAUAAGAUGGGAGACCAAUCUGCAGCUCAUCAUUGAUGUUCUAUUGACUAAUGGAAACCCCAGAAACACAGUGAAGGGAGUUCCCUAUCCACAUAUACCUGUCCUAGCAUGCAACAUGGACCUCAUGUGGAUGGCAGAAGCCAAAAUGCCCAGGUUUGGGCACGGCACAUUCCUUGUGUGUCUGGAGAACAUCUACAAGAAGGUCACUGGGAAGGAACUGAAGUAUGAGGCGCUGAUCGGCAAACCCAGCGUUAUCACAUACAACUAUGCGGACUUCCUCGUACGGAAAUUAGGCGAGAGCAGAGGCUGGAAUGCUCCUAUCCGCCGGCUCUACGCCAUUGGCGACAACCCCAUGACUGACAUCUAUGGGGCUAAUAUUUACAACCGCUACGUGCAGUCGGCUCACAAGCUGCGUGUCCAGGCCAAGGUCAUUGCGGGCAAAGUCGUGGAGACCAGGGAGGAUGUGCCCGAGAUGGGCCCAGUGGAAGAGGGCGAGUUAGCUGGCAGCACCACAGAGAGCUGCAAGUCCAUUCUUGUGUGCACUGGAGUGUACUGCCGCCACGAGGAGGUGCCCUGUGACCCACACGUCAGCGUCACCGAGACCGUCUUCCACGGACACAGAGACUUCCGCUUCGAUCCCAGCCUGGUAGAGCCAACCUACAUGGUACAGGAUGUGAAGGAAGCCGUGGAUCUAGUUUUUCAAGAGGAGAGCAGGCCGCAGGAAUCAAAUUGAAAGAAUUUCAGAUGAACUGUGGGCUGGGACCAGGGCUUCUUAUUGGUUUGAAUUUUAGAAUUCCAUUCCUUAUAUGUUCACACUCCAGUUAAAACAUCCGAGAUGGUAACAUUUUGGAUGGGAGGGAGAGAAUGAGUUAUGGUGCAGGAAAGUACAAUUGUGCAAGAACUCAACCACUAGAUUUGAUCUCUACCUUUUGAGACACUUACAUUCUCCUCCCAUCCUCUGUGCACACAUCCUACCCUGUCAUCCGCACACUGUAUUCUUUGUCAUGCAAUCCCAUCCUUGCUAUGAUUUUUUUUUAAUCUGUAGAAUACCCUGGUAGUGAGUUACGGGUGAAAACCCAAUCCAAAUGUUCGGUCGUGUUAUGUAGAAUACCGCAUACCGGGAAUGAAUUGCAGGCUGGAAUGUAAUCCACGGUUCAAGUGGAUAAUAUUUUUUACAAUGGAUUUGGAAGUGACUUAUAGGCUGAAAUCCAGGUUUCAGUAGUUUAUAUAAUAGAAUAACCAACUCGGCAGUGAGUUACAGGUCAGAAUAUAUAGAACAAAAGAUCCCGAGAGUGUAUUACAGACUAGAAUCUAAUCCCUGCAUUCAAGUAGUUUAUGUAUAGAAUAACAGACUCCAGGAGUGAUUCUGUUCAUUCCUGGUAUAGAUUAAUUGAGUUUUAACAUGGUUUGGAUGCUAGAGACCACAGGCAUUGCUGAUGCUGAUUUACUGCAUGGGCUCUGCAGUACUGCUGUCUUCAAGUGUGGUUAUAUCUUAGAUGUAAAGACAUCCAGAAGCAAUUCACCCGAAUUAUUGUUGUCAGUAUAUAAUUUAAUUUUUACACAAAAAUAAGUCUGACCAAGGAGAAUUAUGUAUUUUUCAGUGCAGCUUCUUCCUCGUCACCCCCAGAUACUUUCGUUCUCUCUUGUCAUUUGUCACAUUUAGUUUACAAUCUUGAUCCAGCAUCAUACGCCUGUGUCUGCCCUCAGCAUAGAGAGCAACCUGCACUUACUUCACCCACCUUGAUCGCAUAACGUUAAAAAUACGUUUCUAAAAUGGCACAGUGUGUGAAAGCACUGAGCCAAACUAACGCAGGCAAGGACUACGGUUUGAUCCCUGUUCUGAACUGGAUUAGAUAACCUCAGCACAGAACAGUGAUUAAUAAAACUCUGGAACACUCCCCCUCAGCCUUGCCCCUAACUUUCCCAUCUU